AUGAAAUUACUCAUUGCUUUCUCUCUCUGGAUUGUUGUCACUGUAUUCCAGGAACAAAUUUCUUGUUUCUCUUUAAAUAUACCUGCUUCUCCUGGCUACUAUCAAGAUGGGGAUUUUGUUAUUGGAGGACUCUUUUCCUUUAAAAUGGCCUCUGGAGACAAUAGAAGUGUGUUGGACUUUAAUGAUACGUUGUGUAAUCCGGAAGCUGUUUCUAAGGAUCUCACUAAACAUUAUCAGCACAUGUUGGCAAUGGUUUUUGCUAUAGAAAAUAUUAACAAGGACCCAAAUAUUCUAUUCAACAUGUCCCUGGGAUUCUAUCUCUUCAAUGAUGACUUUUUUGAGAUGAAUGCUGUGGUGACUUCUAUGGCUUUGCUCUCAGGAGAGAGCCCCCCAGUUCCUAACUACAGCUGCAGGCCUGAGAAGACUGAUAAGCUGGUUGCUGUGAUAGGAGGCAUGUCAACAGGAAUAUCAACUCAGAUCUCCCGAGUUCUAAGUGUCUACAAUGUCCCACAGGUCAGCUAUGCUCCUUUUGACCAGAGUCUUGGGACCCGAGUCCAGCUCCAGUCUCCUUACCAGUUUCCUACGAACAACACAGCUGUGUAUCAGGGAAUUAUUCAACUGCUGCUAUACUUCUCUUGGGUCUGGGUUGGUCUGUUGGUUUCAGAUGAUUUGAGUGGAGAAGUCUUCAUUAAGGACAUCACAGAGGAGAUGACCAACCAUGGACUUUGUGUUGCAUUUGCAGAAAAGGGUAGAGAUCCUGAGGACCUAGCAUACUGGGAAACUUUUAUGGAAAGAGCACCUUUGCCAUGUGUGAUCGUUGCAUUUGAUGUCACAUAUGCUUUUUUCAUUAUCCGUACGAUCAAUUUGUAUACUCCUUUUGGUACUGUCUGGAUCACAACUUUUGAUUGGUAUGUCACCGCAUAUCCUUUUGAACAAAAUCUAGUUCAUACAUUUUUUGGUACAGUAUUAUCAUUUUCAGUUCAUGUGGAUGAAAUUCUGGGAUUCAAGGAUUUUCUCAGAAGUGUUCAACCUAGAAAGUGCCCUCAUGAUAUCUUUGUCCAGGAUGAGUGGUCUAUCAUAUUUGAAUGUCCACAUUUCUAUCAGGACAACAUCAGGGAACUAAGUCGAUGUGGGCAAAAUGGCAGCCUGAGCACACGUCCUUUUCAUCUUUGGGAUAUGAAUACCUCACCCUUGAGCUUCAAAGUCCAUGCUGCUGUACACGCCAUUGCUCAGGCACUCCAUGAGGAGCUGUCACUCAGAGUGGAAGGAGACUCACAUGAUAAAAGUGUCCUCAAGGCUCCUCUCCCAUGGAAGCUUCAUCCAUUCUUACAAAAGGGCCAACUUGGGAGAAGCUCCAAUGAGGAGAACCUUGUGAACAAGGAAGUUUCGGCAACCAAACUUGACAUUUUUAAUUACCAGUCUCCGCUGAAUGUUCCCAAAACUCAAGUGAAAGUUGGCGAGUUUGUCUUUGAAUCUCACAGUGUUCAGCAUCUUUCCCUAAAUGAUGAACUCAUAAUUUGGGGAAUAUACCACAAUCAGACUCCUGUAUCUGUUUGCAGUCAAAGUUGUUCACUUGGAUUUAGGAAAACACCUGCUGAAGGGAAACCAUUCUGUUGUUUUGAUUGUUUCCCAUGUCCAGAUGGAGAGAUUGCAAAUGAAACAGAUAUGGAUGAAUGCAUCAAGUGUCCUGAAGAUCAGUAUCCAAACAAGCAGAGGAAUCAGUGUCUCCCUAAAAUUAAAGCAUUUUUGUCUCAUGAAGAUACUCUGGGAGCUGUUUUGGUAUCUGUGGCCAUUAGUUUAUCUGCCUUUUCAGUCAUGGUUUUAGGAAUAUUUAUCCGCUAUCGGGAUACACCCAUUGUCAGAGCAAAUAACAGAAAUCUCAGUUAUCUCCUCCUAGUUUCUCUAAUUCUCUGUUUCUUUUGCUCAUUAAUAUUCAUUGGCCAACCUAGCACAAUCACUUGUGUCUUGAGACAAAUGAUUUUUGGGGUUGUAUUUUCUGUGGCCAUUUCUGCUAUCUUGGCAAAGACCUUCAUUGUGGUUGUAGCCUUCAAAACCAUCAAACCAGGAAGCACCUUACGAAUGUGGAUGGUGACUCGACUCUCAAAUGCUAUAGUCUGCUGUGGUUCCAUCAUUCAAGUGUGCAUCUGCGCAGUCUGGUUGGGAACAUAUCCCCCUUUCCCUGAUGUUGACAUGCAGUCAGAGUUUGGACAAAUCAUCCUCUUGUGUAACGAGGGGUCCACCUUUGCCUUCUAUUGUGUUCUGGGGUACUUGGGCUUUCUGGCCAGUCUCAGCUUGCUUAUUGCUUUUCUGGCGAGAAGGCUACCUGACACCUUCAAUGAGGCCAAAACAAUCACAUUCAGCAUGUUGGUCUUCUGCAGUGUGUGGAUUUGUUUUGUACCAGCUUACCUGAGCUCCAAAGGUAAAACCAUGGUGGCCGUGGAAAUUCUUUCAAUUCUGGCUUCCAGCGCUGGCUUACUGGGCUGUAUAUGUCUUCCCAAAUGCUAUGUGAUCCUACUGAGGUCAGGUGGCCAUUCUAGAAAGAAGUUCUUUAAAUGA